AUGCCGGCUGUCAGAAGCAAGGCAGAGCUGCAAACUCAGAAAAACAAGCUCGCUAAUUCCUACCAUGAGCUGUUGGAAGAGUUCUCGUCGAAAGAAUUACGGACAGUUGGGAAUUAUACAUUGGGCCGCCUCAUAGGCAAGGGGUCUUUCGGCAAGGUCUACCUUGCAUCGCACAAACUCACCAACGGGUCCAAGGUGGUGCUCAAGUCAGCCAACAAGGACGACUCGAAUCUUGCCCGCGAGAUCCAUCAUCACCGGCAAUUUCUACACCCUCACAUUGCUCGAUUGUACGAAGUCAUUGUAACCGAGAAUCUGGUCUGGCUCGUUCUGGAGUACUGCCCUGGGGAUGAGCUCUACAACUACCUGCUUCGUCAUGGGGCAAUACCCGUGGAGAAGGUCCAGAGUAUCUUUACCCAGCUCGUCGGAGCCGUUGCCUACGUACACAACCUUUCCUGUGUCCACCGAGAUCUAAAGCUGGAGAACAUCCUGCUGGACAAAAAUGAGAACGUCAAAUUGUGUGAUUUUGGCUUUACACGUGAGUACGAAGGCAAAUCGAGCUAUCUACAGACAUUUUGUGGGACUGUCUGCUAUAGCGCGCCGGAAAUGCUAAAAGGAGAAAAAUACGCUGGAGAAAAGGUUGAUGUUUGGAGUCUUGGGAUAAUACUUUACGCACUGCUGACCGGAGAGCUACCUUUUGAUGACGACGAUGACAUGAUCACGAAGCAUAAGAUUCUUUCGAGCGAGCCAAGUUUUCCUGACACCUUUCCGCCGGAUGCCAAAUCUCUUAUUAGCCAACUCCUCUCGAAGAGACCACUCUUUCGACCUGGAAUUGCUGAUAUUUUGACAAAUCCCUUUCUGUCGGAAUACGCUCCGCAACAGCAAGCUAUUUUAAAGUUGACUCAGCCUCUACCCUUUACUACGAAUUUGGAAAAAGAGACGUUGGAGCGUAUGCGCAGUGCUGGGGUUGAUGUGGACAAGGUCAUUGAAAAUGUUCUUGCUCAGCGCUGCGAUGCUUUGGCUGGCUGGUGGGCCCUGUUGAUCGAGAAAGAGGGGCGUAAAGAGAAAAGGAGGGAAAGAAAGCGAAGGGAGCGAGAGAUGGAGGCGAAAAAUCUUCGAAGGCUUAGCGCUGCUAGCAGUCGUCUGGAACGCAUAGCAGGACCUUUAAGAGAAGUGGAUGAAGAGGGUCUUUCCCCUUCACCGAGUGCUGAUGUUUCACGAAGUCGAGGGAGGCGGGAAAGGCGCAGCACACCCACUCCUCAACUGAUUCUUCCUGAGCUUCCUCUGUUGCCUGAAGGGAGCACUCUUGAUUCGCCUGGCUCUCCUGUCCCUCCUCCGCCAAUCGAGAAAGACUCGAUACGUUCCCGUUCAGCGAGCUCUUCUCGGCGUCGACCACCUCCUCCUCCCAAAGAGAGAAGGCAAUCCCGUCCAGGUAGCACGCUCCAACUGGUCUCUACGAAUUCUGACCUUCUGGCGCCGCCGAACGGAAUGUCAAAGAGACGUCCCAAUCGUCGGCGCCAACACGCCUUCUUCCACCAGCUGGCAUCCAUCAAGCAUUGGUUCAUGGAAUCUGCCAAGAGGGCCAAAUCCCCUAUCUCUAGGAGCGAUUCUUCGACGCUCAAAAACUCUCCACAGGAGAGAAAGAGCCCCAUCGAGCCCCGCCGUACGCUAAACAAUGGGACUCCAAGCCGAUCAGCUGCCACACCUACACGCCAGCUUUCUGGCGCUUCAUAUCCUCGGCCUGGUAUACCAAAUCCCAAACAUAGGUCUUCUCUGUCUCCUGCUCCAAUAACGCCUCGGUCCUCGUAUCGCCGAUCUUCUGGCGGUCUCCGUGGCCGCAAGUCUACCUCCUCUUCAGUAUCCUCCAUCCGCAGCAUUCAUCAUGUCCAUACCCACUCGAAAGCGUCUUCCACCUCGUCUACUUCCAACUCGGUCCACUCUUCUGUUCCCUUUUCCAAAACCUCACGUUCUCCGCACACCUCUGUCAAAGUUCUCCCCGCCACCCCUACUGUGACAGCGUUCCCUUCAAACAUCCGCCUCGUCCGAGCGGCGCCUAACUACAAUGAACCGGCCAACUUCGCCUCUCCUAGCGGGUUGGUCUUCGCAAAGCGGAAGAAGAAGCCUUUUCGGGGUCCAAUGCUCUCCAUUGGUAAUAGUAAUGGUGGCAUUCCUGCCGGCAGACCAAGAGAUUCCAGUGUGGGUGGCAGCAGAAGUGCGAGCGCUGCUGGAAGAACUAGUGGCGAGAUCAUCGAGGAGGAAGACGAGGAUGAGGUCGAAGAGGUGGAUACCUUUGGUCCUCUUGCUCCGGAAGCUGAGGAAACGAUUGUCUGGGAGGGUGGUAAAGAGGCUGAAGUGGAUGGUUGGGUCAGGAGACGGCAUGAUUGA